AUGCGCGAUACUUCCAUGGUGAUGGUCCACGGCCCCGAGGCGGCGAGCCGGAACCUUUCGUCCAUGACAUACGGGACCAGCCAGAUGCGAAUGUAUUCCACCAGUGAUCUCAUGGAGCUGAGGGCGCUCUUUGUCUCGGUCAAGAAUAUGAUCCGCCACUACAUCUACCCCAACCUGGAGCAGAACAUGGUUGAGGUGAGUUGCCUAUGGGACCCAAUUGUCAUGAGCGCGGCUAAUUUCUUGCGACAGACCGAGGAUUCCACGCCCCUUGAACAAAUGAUUGAGCGCAGCAUCUGCGAACGUAUCGUCGACACAUAUGCCAAGCUCGACCCGGGGGAACUGAUGUUCUACUUCGACAACCUCUACAGUUACCCUCGCAAAAGACUCGUCAACGAUGUCAAUCUGCGUCAUCCGACUUUUGUCCACGACCAAGAGUCUCUGCAAGCUGCCAUCCGCUCUGCGGUCAAUGAACGGCGGUGGCUGGAUGGCAUUGAGCAGCUUGAGGACCUUGGGAGCAUUGUUGGGGACCCGCGACAAGUCAACACCAAGUUCAAUGGCGACGGCAGUGCCGAUGCCUCUGUUCCCGCGCCGGGUAUUAUGCGACGUUCCCGCAACGACUGGUCACCGCCUGGCGAUGAUGGUCGUGCUUUGACUGAGCGUGGUCAUCUGCCUGCCGUGCGCAUCUGA